AUUGGAAAGUGGAGUCGGCUACUCGCCUAGAGUAUUCUAUUCCUUGGCGUUGGGAUUGGGGAGUCUGGAGUUGAGCUGUUUAUGUUAUGUGGACCAACUUCAUUCAUUCAUCCAUCGAACAUGAAAAUUCAAAUUCAGCACUGAUCACACAAUGAGCCUGAGCCUGAGCCUGAAAAGGUAUACGAAUACAGUGGCGGUGGUAGGCACACCUCAAUUAAACAUCAGGAGUUGCAGUUUCCACCGACCAUGGAGGCGUAAAAGAAGAAGCCUCCUUGUGAUACGCAGCAGCAGCAAUGAUUUUCUUUCUCAGGUUACCCCAGCCCUAGGUUUCACCACUGCUCUCGCUGCUCUUGUCUACAAAUUCAAAUUGAACUCCAAUUCCACCGCUCUGGGAGACUGGACUCUCCUUACCUCUCCCACGCCCUUUAACCGCUUUGUCAACUUCCGCUGUCCCUCUCUUCUUCUCCGCUUGGAGGAGGAGGAGGAGGCUGUCAUCACUGGGCGAAUUCAACAACUUCCUCCUCCUCCUCCUCUAUCUGUUGUUUAUCAGAGAGUUUGUGUCAACACCGACGAUGGCGGGGUAGUGUCCUUGGAUUGGCCAGCCCAUUUGGAGCUGAGCUCGGAGCAGGGUCUGGACACCACCAUUCUCAUUAUCCCAGGCACCACAGACGGGAGUAUGGAUGAGAGUGUAAGGUCCUUUGUUUACGAAUGCUUAACACGAGGCUGUUUCCCCAUUGUCAUGAAUCCCAGGGGUUGUGCCCGUUCCCCCCUCACCACUCCACGGUUAUUUACGGCUGCUGACAGCGAUGAUAUCUCUGCCAUUGUACACUUCAUCAACAGGGCCAGACCUUGGACAACUUUCAUGGCUGUUGGCUUCGGUUUUGGUGCCAAUAUGUUGACAAAGUAUCUGGCACAAGUUGGACAGGAAACACCUCUUACAGCUGCCACAUGCCUAGACAAUCCUUUUGAUUUAAAUGGGGGGGCUUCUAAUCAUAAUCUUACAAACGGCUUCAUCCAUUUGCUGCAAUCCAACAAGGAACUAUUUAUGGGCCCAUCUAAAAGGUUUGAUGUUGAAAAGGCGUUACAGGCUAAGUCGCUUAAAGAUUUUGAGGAAGCCAUAUCUAUGGUAUCAUAUGGAUUUGAUUCGAUAGAAGAAUUUUAUGUCAGCUCCAGUACUAGAGAUGUGGUUGGCAAUGUAAAGAUUCCACUUCUCUUUAUUCAGAACAAUGCAAUGCCAUCUGUUUCCAUCCCGCGCAGCUUAAUAGCAGAAAAUCCAUUUACAAGCCUGCUUAUCUGUACUUUUCAGUCAGAUGAUAAAAGCGCUGCUGAUAUAUCAUGGUGUCGGCAACUUGUUGUUGAGUGGCUUACAGCGGUAGAGCUAGGGCUUCUGAAGGGCCGGCAUCCUCUUUUGGAGGACAGUGAUGUAACCAUCAGUCCUUCAAAACAGAUGACCACAUCUCAUGCAAGUAGCAGAAGCAAUAAAGUUGUCAACUUUCACCAGUUGGAUGGAUCUGUUAAUACAAGCUCAAUUCUUGAUUUACAAAUGACUAAAGACAAAGAUAAAGAUGCAACCAAUGGAAUGGUAACACAAACAGACCUUGUAGAUUUGAAGGAAGGGGGGGAUGCGGAUAGUGAAAGGGGGAAAGUGCUACAGGCUACACAAGUCGUGAUGAAUAUGCUUGAUGGGACCAUGCCUGAAGCUCUAUCAGAAGAACAGAAGCUUAAGGUACUGACUGCUGUGAAUCAAGGAGAGACCCUAAUGAAUGCUUUACAAGAUGCCGUGCCUGAAGAUGUUCGGGGAAAGCUCUCUAGCUCUGUUAUCACAAUCCUGGAAAACCAAAAGAAAACCUUAAAUGGACGCUCUCAUGUUCCUGAUGGUACAUCAGCAUUAAACACAAAGAUGCAAGAAAGAUCCGUGGGUCUAUCAAGUGUAGAAAAAGAGAAACAUGCUUCGGAGCUUAAUACUAGUUUGACAGAAGAAGACUCAAAUAACCAUCCUUUUAGCAAGAAUGAUGCUUCGGGGAAUAUUGAUGAUGCCAGUCGGUUACAAGGUGGUGAAAUUUCCAACUCCGAGACCACAAGCAACCGUAACCAAGAUGAUUUUUCCAAUGAAACAGCUGCUCAAUUCCAUGACACUGAUUCAAGUGUUAUGCCUGACAUUUCCAGAAAAAUGGAAAGAUCAGAGGAUCAUAUCAGUGAUCAGGUCAACUUAGGACUUGAAGGUGGAACAAAUGUGGAGAAGGAUAAUCGACACAAGGAUGCAACUACGGAUAUAUCAACCCCCCCAAGGACAGAAAAAGAAGAGGGUGAUAAAGGUGGUGAAAUUUCCAACUCCGAGACCACAAGCAAUCGUAACCAAGAUGAUUUUUCCAAUGAAACAGCUGCUCAAUUCCAUGACUCUGAUUCAAGUGUUGUGCCUGACAUUUCCAGAAAAAUGGAAAGAUCAGAGGAUCAUAUCAGUGACCAGGUCAACUUAGAACUUGAAGGUGGAACAAAUGUGGAGAAGGAUAAUCGACACAAGGAUGCAUCUACGGAUAUAUCAACCCCCCCCAAAGACAGAAAAAAAGAGGGUGAUAAUCAGAAAAAGGAAGAAUCAAGUGCAAGUUCUAAUUCUCCAUCCUUUAGUGUUUCCCAGGCAUUGGGUGCACUAACAGGGAUGGAUGAUUCUACCCAAGUAGCAGUUAACAGCGUCUUUAGUGUAAUUGAAGAUGUCAUUACUCACUUGGAAGGGAACAGAGAAAAUGGAUCUCAACCUGUCACUGAGAGUGAAUCUGCUGCUCCGCCACAGAAAGAAGGUGAUGAAAAAAGUAGCAUGACAACUGAGCUUAAACAAGUGGGUACCAUGUCAAAUUCCAGAGAGAAGAAAGAUGAAGCUAACAAGAAUCCUCAAGACAUCCGAAACUCCAUAACUAGACUUCCUUAUAGAAACUCCAUAACUAGACUUCCAAAGAUGAAAAAUGAUAAACAGCUCCAGUUGGAUACUUUGUGUCUUGACUAUGUUCCAGAAGAAGGUCAAUAUAAGCUCUUAGAUGUUGAUGUCCCAUCUGAUGUUGAUGUUGAGUGUAACAGUGAAAUCAUCGAACCAACUUAUAUAAUAUUAGAUGACUGGGACCCAGUUGGAGAGAAACAUGAAACUGGCGAUGUUGCAUCAGUAGAGCACUUGCAGUUUGUCAAAGAUAAUAUAUUAAAAUCUUUAGAAGUUGAAGUUUCCCGAAGAAUACAAGCAACAUACAUGGCAGAUGUUGCACUUGAGCUGAAAAAAGAAUUAGAGAACGUUGCAAAUAUCAUUUCAUUGGCUGUUGUAGAUGACAAACCACAUGGAAUAUCAUUUGGUAAUCUGCAGGAUGAACAUGUACUAGACACCAUCUCUUCGGCUGUCCAAGGCACCAGAUAUAUGAAAGAAGUGAUUCCAGUUGGCAUUGUUGUAGGCUCUACCCUAGCUUCUUUAAGAAAAAUUGUCAACAUAAAUGCAGCAGCAGAUCAAACUAGUGAUUCUCAGGUUGGAUAUCAUUUACAAGCAGAUACAAUGGCUGCUGAUGAAGUCAACCAGAACAAAAACUUGUACAUUGAAGAUGGGGAGAAAGAUGCUUCAAGCAGUCUUAGUAGUGACACUGUCAUGGUUGGAGCAGUUACUGCCGCCUUAGGAGCAUCUGCUUUAUUGGUUCAUCAACAAAAUUCAUAUAGUGAUGAACUUGAAAAAGAGAACGAUGAGGAGCCUGGAAAGGUUGAGGAGGAGGAAAGAGUGAAAAGUGGUGAUAAUAUAGCGACAAGUCUUGCAGAGAAAGCCAUGUCAGUUGCUGGUCCUGUAGUACCUACCAAAGAAGAUGGUGGAGUGGAUCAAGACAGGCUGGUUGCAGUGCUGGCAGAUUUGGGGCAAAAGGGUGGCAUAUUGAAGUUGGUGGGUAAAGUGGCUUUACUUUGGGGUGGAAUACGUGGUGCAAUGAGUUUGAUUGGAAAGCUCUUCUCUUUUCUUCACCUUGCUGAGCGGCCCCUCUUUCAGAGGAUUUUGGGGUUUGUCUGUAUGGUGCUUGUACUGUGGACGCCAGUUGUGGUUCCUUUGCUUCCAACACUUGUACAGAACUGGGCAGCACAUAACUCCUCAAAAUAUGCAGAACUUGCUUGCAUAAUGGGUCUUUAUGGUUCGAUAAUGAUGCUUGUUGUGCUAUGGGGCGAAAGGAUCAGGGGCUAUGAAAAUCCACUUGAGAGAUAUGGUCUUGAGUUGACUUCAGCAACACAGAUCCAGCAGUUUGUAUAUGGGCUGAUUGGAGGGGUGAUGCUUGUUUUGUUGAUACAAUAUACAAAUGUGUUACUUGGUCUUGUGAGCCUAUCAUGGCCUAGCAUUCCAUCUUCUUCUACAGAUCUGCUCAACUUGUCUGGUAAAGUGAUUAGAUUUGUUGGUCAAGGGCUUGUAACAGCAGUUGCUGUUGCUCUCGUUGAAGAAUUGCUCUUCAGGUCAUGGUUGCCCGAAGAAAUUGCAGUUGAUCUUGGAUACAAUCAAGGAAUAAUCCUUUCGGGACUUGCAUUUUCGUUAUCUCAGUGGUCGUUAAAGGCAAUACCAGGACUUUGGCUAUUAUCAGUGGGGCUGGCAGGUGUUAGGCAGAGAUGUCAAGGAAGGCUCUCCCUUCCCAUCGGGUUGCGUGCAGGGAUUAUGGCUUCCACUUUUCUCUUAAAAGAAGCUGGCCUUUUGACUUAUCAACAACAUUCUUAUCCUUUAUGGGUAACUGGUGGUGAUCCUUUCCAACCUUUUAACACCAUAGUGGGCCUUGCUGUCGCUUUGUUAUGGGCAGCAAUUCUCUACCCUCAACAGCCUGAAAACGUCAAAGAAUAAAGAGUAAUGCACGAAUCAAACAAGUAUAAUUCCGACUUUGUUUGGCAGUCGGAAGAACAAUGAUUCACUUUCAAGGUCAAUCAGUUGGUCAAAGAUGUUUGCUUUUCUGAUGGGAUGCAGAAAAUUACUUGCUCUUGGUUUUGGUGGGCAGUAAAGUUUUGUUCUAGAGUACCAUCUGUAAAAACAAAAAAGCCGGUACAUAUACAAAUACAUAUAUAUACACACAAUUUUCUUAGCUUGGACCUGCAUUAGGUGCAGCAUACGUAAUGGUGAGGCAAUACUGAAUUUGUCUAUUUUUCAAUUGUCCUGCAUGUUGAUGCAGCAACUAUAUUUACAUGUAAAGAAUGAUUCACUAUUUUCAUGUUACAUUCUCUCUC